UUUUUUUUAAAACUGUUUCAGUCCAGCUGCAGAAAGAGUAAAGAACUGUUCACCAACACAGCAAUGAAGGACUAUUAUGGAUAUUGUUUUUCAUUCUCUGGAAAGCUGCUGAUUGGGAUUCUUUGCAGUAUGUAUGUUGUUUCAGCUGAUACAAACACAAUGACAGUGUACAGAGCUAUUGGGAGCUCCCUGGAUCUUACAGUGAACUAUCCAAAAGAAUCAGUGUCAUCGGUUAGGUGGAAGUUCAAUGAGAAACAGUUUGCUGGGUACACUCAGAGCCAUGCCUACUCACAGCAGCAAUCACAAUUCGCUGGACGAUUAAAGGAGGAGAAUGAUAAAGUUGGGAUAACUGUACAAGAUCUUCAACCCCAAGACUCUGGGAUGUUCUUAAUGCUUGUAGAUGGAACAGAAAGGCAGUAUCCAACACAGAUAUUUACAGUGUAUAUUGAAAACCCCAUAACAGUAGUCCAGAUUGAGAAGAAUCUGACAUGGAGGGUGUCCACAAACAGCUGUGACGUUGAUAUGAAGUGUGCAGCAUUUGGGGCUGAGAGCGUCUCCUACCGGUGGAGUGGCUACAGGAAUGUAAAUGGAGCUCAGCUGCAGUUCAGUCUCUCACCAGCAGAAGAAGCCGUUACACUAAACUGCACUGCAGCCAACAACGUCAGCUCCAAUACUUCUAUAGAGACACUGAGCUGUAAUGCUGAACAGCCCAAAACAGAUGCUCCAUUGGCAGUGCUCAAACUGGUCAGUAGUCUUGUUGCAGCCUCUCCAUAUCUCUUGGUGACCAUCAUUCUUGGUGUAAAAUGUUACGGGACUCAGGGUGAUCAUGACAGCCAGUAUGCUGAUACUGUAAUUGAGGAAUAAAAGCUUAGCUCCACUUCAUAACUGUACAGUAAAUAGACUGCAGAACAAACAUACAAAUAAAUAAAUAAAGGAAUAAACUCUUUUAAGGUUUUUUUGCAUUUUCUUCUGUUUUUGAUCUGUACACAGUCCCUGCCAUGUUUACUGCAGCUAUUAUCAUAGUGUUGUAAUAGUAUUUUAAUAAUAAAUUAAUCAUAUUA